AUCAAUUUUUUGGAUUCGCAGUUCUGUUUUACUUCUUGGAAUCAAUGUUUGUAAGUCUAGUCAUUCUUUUAAUAAUUAAUUACGAUAGAAACUCAAUACAAUUGUUACUAUGAAAAUACUUGUUUGUAUGGUACUCGAUCUUGUCCAUAGCUCAAAAGUGAUCAACUAUAUGGAGACAACAUAACUCCUUUCUUUGAAUAUAAAAUAAAUAUAUUCAGAGCUUUUAUUUAAGACGUGAAAAAACUCAUAAAAGCUAGAACUUAACAUUCAGUAUUUUAGACUCCCUAUUUUCGUUUACAAUAUACGAUGCAGUCUGUAAAUGUACUGGACAAAACUUCGAAAAAAGCCUUCAUAUUUAUGAAAGCCAACUUAUUGAAGGUUAUAAAAACUUCUUUUUUACCCCUAUAAGUUUUGAAUUUAUCCCAUAGUAUUCAUCUGCAGGUUGCAGUCGUGAAUUGUAUACUUAGUACUUUUUUCGGUAGGCUAGUCUUUUCGUUUUUGCAUGAAGCCAUAACGCUCUUUUUACUGUAUCAGUUGUUUCGUUUACCUUGAUUGAAUAUUAAAAUAUAAAAAUUGAAGAUACCGGUUUCGCGUUUAUGGAGGCAGUUAAUAAGGAAAAUAAAGAAAAUGUGUAUGGAUCAAACUUGGUGAAUCCUACUGCGCUACGACCAGUUGCUUUUCAUGUGUUUACCAGGAAAUAUGAUCUAAAUAUAAAUCGAGAUUCAUUGCAAGAAUUAGCUGCUUAUGUAUCCAAAAGAUGUGGCUCACAUUGGCGAAGUCAGUGUGAACCACUUUUAGACGAAAUUGCCAAGACUUGGAAACGCACGCAUGAUUCGGAGCCAAUUGUCACGAAACCUCUCUUAUCCUCCUUGUUAACCAACUUAACCGUUCCUCAUGAAGCACGUACCUCUUCGUUUUCCCGGACACCGACGAUUGACUCAACCAAUUCUCUCUUAAGGUCUAGCAGUACCCAAGUGCGGGAUACACUUCGCGAAGAUGAUUAUUUCCGAGUCAUUGACUCAUUUCAACUUCCAAAGAGAAUUUAUGACCCUAACAGAAAGAUCUUUAUUUCAUCGAAAACAACUCCGAGUUUACUGGCCCCGGCUUCCGCUUCUGUUGAUAUGCUUCAUCGUAGGUUUCACGUAAUAUAUAGCCGGAUUCUUAGAAAUGAAAACUUUCAAAACCCUUCUUUUAGUGGAUCCUUUUCCCAAACGAAUUCACACCAAAUCACGCCAAUUAGAAAUCUUUUAGGAAGAUCUGGUGAUGAUUUCUUGCUUUUCGGACUUCUGUCGCUUGCGCCUGAUGGAAAACUUUGGUUAGAGGAUUUGGACAGUCAAGUACAGCUUGAUAUAUCAAAAGCUACUUUUGGGUUUGGACAUUUUUGCGCCGGUUGCUUUGUUCUGGUUAACGGACACUUUAUGGACUCUGGUGUUUUCUUGGUUACGGAAGUUGGCCAUCCACCUAUAGAAAGGAGAGAAGCUUCUUUAAAAGCGCUAUCGCAGGUAGAUUCUUUCGGAUCCCAGUUAGACGCUAAUCAAAUCACUUUACUCCGUCAUGCUGAACAAGCUUAUAAAGCCCCGUUUGUUUUCCUAAGCGAAGUCCAUCUAGACGAUACCCGAUGUCUACAAGCGUUAGAAAAAGUUUUUCAGAAAUACGAAUACGCCGAAUUACUACCGGCCUGUAUUGUUCUAUGCGGCAGUUUUACGUCUACCGCGUUUCACAACUCUGGUAGUUCCUUAGAUUACAAAGAAGGAUUCAACAAACUAGCUCUUAUAUUUGCUAAAUUCACGAAUAUCUCAAAAAAUUGCAAAAUUAUAUUCGUUCCUGGACCUAAUGACCCUUGGACCACUUACGGUCUUUCGUUGAUGCCGAAGCGUGCAAUUCCUCUUCACUUUGUUAAUCGUAUCCAAAGAAUAUGCAAAAAUGCUAUAUUCUCAUCUAAUCCUUGUAGAAUAUCUUUCUUUUCUCAGGAGAUUGUAAUCUAUCGUGAGGACAUUACCGGAAGAUUCCAAAGACACGACCUUAAAGCUUGUAAUGAUUCAUCUCAAAGCGCUCAAUCUGACACGCUUCCCCUUGAGGAGCAACAAUUGUAUCAAAACAGAAAGCUCGUGAAGACUAUCCUAGAUCAGUCGCAUUUGUCUCCGUUCCACCCUAGAACCAGACCUGUCCUUUGGGAUUUUGAUUACACCUUAAGUACUUUCCCUUUACCUAAUUGUUUGGCAAUUGUGGAUUCCCAAGUUCCGGCUUUCAAUGUUCACUACGGAGGCUGUUUAACACUGAAUCCAGGAUCAUUAAUACUUGGUUUACAUUACAAUUGGCAAGAACUCCAUCCAGUCACCAAACAGGUUGUUUCGUUUCAGGAACGUCUUUAAGUAUUAUGGGCUGUAGAGAUUCUACAUCAAAAAGCCACUGUAUUUAUUAAUGUAAAAUCUAUGGGGUAUAUAAAACGACUACAUGGCAGAAGCAAGAGUUAAUAGAAUAAUAUUAGGAAGGGUGUAUAAUAUAUUAUCUAAUUUACAUUCAUGAAUGAAUAUGUUUCUAAGUAAAAG